UUUUCUCCUCCUCGGCACCUUCUACCUCCUCCCCUCCAUUUUUCUCUCCCCACAUUAAGGAUCCAUCUCUCUCCCCAUACAUUGGCCUCUCUCUCUCUCUCUCUCUCUCUCUCUCCAAACCACAUCUGUUCAAGUUGUGUCCCAAUUAACUCUGCCUUAGUUCCUCUGUUCCUUCUUUGCAAAGAUCAAGCUCAAAGUUCCAGUGAUGAUCUCCUCCUCCUCGACUUCUGUCUCCAUCUCAAGAAGAAGAGGAGGCAGACAAGAAGACGACGCGAGAUUUAGGCGGCACCCCCACCAUUGUUGCUGACCACCUCCAAAUUGUCUUCUUCCUCCGGCUGCCUAGCUCUCGAGAUCGAGUCAGGCGUCCCCGUUCCCUCGCGCCAUGAGCCACUACACCAUGCAUGCAGCCAUCAACUACGCCGCGCUGCCCCCCACGUCGCCAUUGCAGCUCCCCUUCCCGUACAUUCCGCCGCCUCCGCCUCCGCCUCCGCCGUUAUUGCUCCCGCUUCUGUCGCCAUCGCCGCCGCCGCCGGCCGUGGCUGCCUCUGACACGAGCUUCCCGAGCAGGAUCAGCCCCAGCGUCCUCCUCAUCAUCCUGAUCUUGGCCGUCAUCUUCUUCGUCUCCGGCCUCCUGCACCUCCUCGUCCGGUUCCUGCUCCGCCCGGCGCCGCGCGACCCCGGCGACGCGUACGGGGGUGACGCGCACGCCACCGCCUUCCAGGGGCAGCUCCAGCAGCUGUUCCACCUCCACGACGCCGGUGUCGACCAGUCUUUCAUCGACGCACUGCCGGUGUUCCUAUACGGCGCCGUCGUCGGCGUUGCCGGAGGAAAGGACCCCUUCGACUGCGCGGUCUGCCUCUGCGAGUUCGCGGACGACGACCGCCUCCGCCUCCUCCCCAAGUGCAGCCACGCCUUCCACGUCGACUGCAUCGACACGUGGCUGCUGUCCCACUCCACCUGCCCGCUCUGCCGCAGCAGCCUCCUCGCCGACUUCUCACCUUACGGCGGCGGUUGCAGCCAGCUGGUGUUCGUCCUCGAGUCCGGUUCCGAGGGCUCCGUCUCUGAUCGCCUCGACGCGGCGUCCUCUGCCCGCCUCAGCUUCGUCAUGGAGCAAGAGGAAGCAGGGCAGGACCGGAAGUACGGCGCAGAGGCCGCGGAGAAGAAGGACGAGGUGGUCGUCCCCGUCAAGCUCGGCAAGUUCAGAAGCCAGGUCCCGACCGAAGUAGGCGGCGCCGGCAGCGGAGGCUGCAGCGCCAACCCUGACCAGGAGGUCAGGCGGUGCUACUCCAUGGGGACCUACGAGUACGUCAUGGACGAGAGCUCCCUGCUCCGCGUCGCCGUGAAGCCGCCGGACAAGAAGCGGUCUGCGACGCGCAUGCCGGGGCACCGCGUCGCCAUGUCGGAGUGCGACUGCCACUCCAAGCGGGAAGGCUUCCGCGGCUUCGACGCGCUGCCUAAGCAGCCGCUGCCGUCGAAGGCCGCGGUGGACAAGAGGGAAAGCUUCUCUUUCUCCAAGAUAUGGAUGCGAGGCGGGCCGAGGAGGAAGGACGGUGCCAUCGCCGCCCCGUCAUGCUCGACCUCGCGCCGCGUAUCCUCGUUCCGCCUCUCCUCGGCGCUCCAGCGCACGGCGAGCGACGUCGGGGUGGCGGCCGUUGUCCCGAAGCGCCGAGCGGACGUGGUGAGCCCCGUCACCGAGUCCGAGUACAACGUGUCGGCGUGGGACAAGAGCGCGAGCGGGAGCGUCGUGGACUGGGACCUCGAGUCCGCGGGCGGCGGCAACGGCCACUGCCUCAGCUCUAGGGCAGAUGAGGCGCCGUCGUUCGCCCGGCGGACGCUGCUCUGGAUCAGAGGUCACCUGUGAAGCGAAGCGAAGCAGAGUCCUCGGCUCGGCUCCUCCUACCUCCUAGCUUAUCUUGCAUCGAUCAGCUGGUUCUUCCUCCUCUGCUUCCUGUGUAUGCAUGCGCAUGGUUUGUGUUGAUACGGGGUUAAAAAGGAUUACUGCUCAAGAUUUCCCUGAUGUUUUUACGGAACAUUUCACAAUUGUGUGUAAUAGACUAGCUGUACUUGCUUUGAUUUUUA